AGCGACCGACCUCAUCUCCUGCUGCCUCUUGCGAUCCGCCUCCUGCGACCCCACCCCUUUUCCUGUAGAAAGAAGAGACUCUUCCCCCCCCCUCUCGCCUUCCGCACCAGCCGAAUUCGUAACCAAUGUCCUUCCCAAAGACCACCCGAGUCACCUCCAAGCUCGGCGACUUCUUCUCCAAGCUCUCGCCCUCGCCCAGCAAGGAUGGUGCUGCUGGUGCUGCUGCUGCCACCGGCACUUCCACCAAGACCACCAGCGUCACCGAGAACGGCGUCACCACCACCACCACCGUCACCACCGUCAACGGCAAGACCACCACUACCAUCACCAAGACUGGCGUCCCGACGAACUCUGCCCCACAGGGCCCUUCGACCAAGCCCCUGGCCAACCUCCUCUCCAAGUUCAACAAGUCCCAGAACGGCGCCGUCCCGGCCCCUCCCCCGAAGGACCCUCCCUUCGUCGCCUCGAUUACGCCUCCCGUCAGCCCGCCCAGCAAGCCGCAAGAACCUGCCCCUGCUCCGGUGCCCGCCCCGACCAUCUCGUACAUCUCCGUCCCUGCCCCGUUGUCGACAUCCAAUGUCAAGGAUGUGCUCAGCGUGGUCAACUCCGCUGCCGUCGGUGGCGAUCCUUCGUACAGCGGACCCAAGCUGGAGUUUACUGAGGACGACUUUAUCGACACCGACAACCACGCCAAGAAAGCCCCCAAGCACGCCGAGCAUUCGCCCGAGACUCUAGCCCGCUACCUGUGCGAUCCCUUCCAGAGCGACCUGCACAAGCUCCGGGCCAUCUACGUCUGGAUCACCCACAACAUUGCCUACGACACCCAGGCGUACUUUGCCGGCAAGCUGCACAAGCCCGUGGUCGAGGAGAUCCUGCGGGAGCGCCGCGCCGUCUGCUCGGGAUACUCGGUUCUCUUCCAGGAGAUUGGAAAGGCCGCUGGGCUUGAUGUCCGAACCGUCAUUGGCUUCUCGAGAGGCGUCGGCUACCUCCCCGGCGACAUGACCAUGCAGCGAAGCCGCGACGGCAAGCCUUUCGGUCACGAGUGGAAUGCAGUCCUGAUCCGGGGCCGCUGGCGCCUGAUCGACUCGACCUGGGGAGCCGGCCAUCUCAACGGCACCAACUUUGUCUUCAGCUUCACGCCUUACUACUUCCUGACCUCCCCGCGCAAGUUCAUCUUUACGCACUACCCCGGCGAGGCCCAUCAGCAGUUCCUCACCCCGCCCCUGAGCGAGGAUCAGUUCCACCAGCUCCCAUACACCAAGGCCUGCUUCCACAUCAACCGUGUCGAUCUCAUCAAGCCCCGCGGCGACUCGCGUGCCCUGCACAUCAUCGAGGUCCACGACGACUGGGUCGAGAUCGAGUUUACGAUGGAUGACGUGCCCGGACCCGACAUCCUCACGACGACCUUCCAGUUCCCCUGUCCCCGCGAUGCUCGCGGUCGUCUGCAGCUCGUCGGCCCCCGCGUGAACUGCAACGUCCAGGAGCGGGUUAUCCCUGGCAACAAGAAGCACAUUGUCGUCAAGGCACUGUGCCCCAAGGGCGGCGAGGGCCACCUGACGGUCUUUUGUCUGACUGAAGAUAUGGUCAAGGCCCAGAAGGCCAGCUCGCUCAUGCACGGCAGCGCCGAGGGCGGCCCCAUCUUCUCGUUCCUGAUCCGCAACACGGGCACCGGCAAGGGCUACGUUCCCCUGGCCACGAUCGUGCCCAACCCAGCCAACCCGCCGUUCGCCCUGCGCGAGCCCCUCCACGAGAUCCUGAAGGUCGGCACGACCCAAAAGUUUGUCAUCACCAACGACGGCGCCGACAAGGCCGACUACAACCUCGCGGUCGUCGCUCCCGGCAACGUCAAGACGGAGCUCCAGUCCAGAAACAGCGAGAUGUACUUUGGCGAGGUCACGAUCGAUAAGCCUGGACAGUACAUGCUCGGUGUCAUCAAGCGCAACGGCAAUGCCUGGCGAGUCGAGGGUCUCUCUGUGUUCAAGGGCGAGUAAGGCUGUUGGCUCGAUACGAGCGCUCGAGCCUGCGGUGGCCAGUUGAGAUCAUAUCGCCGGCCGGCACUCCUGCUCGCGGCUGCCUCGCAGUCCACUUCGCUCCUUCUCCUCUCUCCCCCCCUUCUUGGCCACUCUUGCAUUUGGCAGGUUCCAUCGAUCCUCUUGAUGUUCCAUUCGCUAUACACAACCUCCUGUCCUUCCGUUUGUCUACACACGACCUCGUAUGUUUGCUCCUUCCA